AAAAGGCAAGCUUCGAUGCAGACUUCUGACAGUCGCUGACCGCCCACCUUCUGCGAAGCAUUUCUAGGCAGCCCUGAGCAACCAGCUUCUGCUACUGAAUCACUUCGAUCAUGGACGAGCGCAGUGUUCUGCGCAACAUCUUGGAAGAGCUUCGGUCGUCCUCGAUCAAAUCUGUUGCGCAACUUCUGCGGCAUCUCUUGGAUCCUCUGCGCCUGAUACUCACUUCACCAGAUGAUGAAAAUCAGUAUCAUAUCUGUCUGGAAGAGCUGGCCUUGCUCUCCGAGUCAAGCGGCGGACACGGGCUCGAGCCAGCUGUUAUCCUUUCUUCCUCCUCUUCGAUUCAGCGCUAUACGUCAUGGCACGAGUCGGUGGACCUGGCGGCGUUACGCAAACGAAUGCUGGCCUCGAGCUUUGUCGAAGACGUGCAGUUCGCGCUUCUGACACAAAUAGGCAUCACUUGGGGCGAUCAUAUGGAUCGGUCACUCUGGAACUCUCUUCUAGAAAACUGGUUCUUUCCGAAUCUGCAGGAUGCAGCACGGGCCAAGGCUCGCCAGGCGAGCGAUACACGGCCGUUCGUCGUGGAAGUCGAUGCCAAAGGCAAAGGCAAGGCGGGCGAAUCUCAGGCAACGGACGAGGUUCUCUAUGCUUCUUCUAUGAUCACUGCUGCGGGAUUGAGGACCGUUACCAAACUGCUCUCAGAAGCUAGGGCCAUGUCGGCAAGGGACGGAAAUGCGUCUGAAGGGAGUCUUCCGUCAGCAGCGCUCGCUCCCAUUACGAAGGACUGUCUUUUGCACGUGCUUCAGCGCUUACAGCCAUGUACACCACUAGAUAUGCUCUACAAGGGUAUUCGCCAUGAAUCGAGUCGUACACGAGGCUUAUUACAAUGGAAAGACGCCGUCGCACAGAUGACAGCUUUGCCUGCUCGCAUUGCCAACCUGACGCAAGGCAAACCUCCUGAUGGACUUCAAGACAAAAUUUUCUUUUCGCAUUUUGCUGCUACACUCUGUGAACUCGUUCUGAGCAUGUCAAAGAACCCAAGGGCAUCAGACGACCCAUCGGCCGUCGCCUUCUGCUUGAUACGUCUUUUGCGACACGGCUUCGUCAAUAUCACUCCGCAAGGUAAAAGUGCAACGGCGAGGCGAGAAACAUUCUGGGGAUCCGUCAUUCCCAGUGUAUUGUGUCACAGUGCUCUGGCGCAGCCAAUCGUCAACAGCCCAGACUCGCGGAUGCUUCAAAGCUUUGAUACGAACUGGCCGCGAUCAUAUCGGGAAACUUGGCUUGCAUGCAUCGACGAGCUUUCCGGAACCGACCGCGUUGCCUUACGCACAUCGAUGAUUGCCUUUCUCGAGGUACUCUGGAGCCGAUGCACAGAUCAUGGUUCGGACGAAAUUACCACCACUACCGAACGACAUCGGCCUGGCACGGAGGGAACCAUAUUUCUCGCCAAAGAGAUGCUUCAGAGAGCUAUCUUCGGGGCCGCGCUUUUGAGUCUCUUCUGUGGCAGACUGUCUCAAUAUGCUAAUUUUCAAGGAUUGCCUACGUCAGCAAACACAGCAGAGGGUGGCUCUGACGGCGAAGAUGCAGAGAAUGACAACGACAUGAUCUCCCACUUUCGGGGCUGCAUCAGCGAUCUUAUCUUGCCGCGAUCUUCUGCACGCGCAUCCCUUUCAGCCCCUCGUUAUGGACCAUCCAUUGCCAGGUCCUUUGCAAUCUGGAUCCAAGCCUCCACCAUGUCAAUGUCACCCGAAAAGCGCCUUGAAGAUCUAUCAACUCUUCUGCACGCCAUGCUAGCGCUCUGGGGUGAUGCGUCGCUUGUCAGGAUUAUGAGUCAGAAAGAGGACUCCUAUCUUACCGUGAUCAUUCUUGCCUUGAGCGCGCAGUUGGUACAGCUGUUCGAGUGCUGCAAAGGGAAUACAAACGCCGAAAGUCUGGUCAGCGCAGCGUUGCAGAAGCUCACCAUGACACCUGAUUUCUCAAAUGGUGUUGCGGCACACCUCGACCACGGGGACCCGCUCACGCGGCGUAUGGGAAUGCUGGUGGCCGAGGUGAUCACGGAAAAUGCGGCCAUUGCGAAUAUUGGCUCAGCUGGCAAGUCUGUCAAACCUGCCCAGCUCCACUUUGGCAGCGCCAUAUGGGAUGGAAAAGGCGAAGGCCGGGAGGAAGCUCGAGUGCUGCGUGCUAUGGCCCACAGUUGGCCCAACGAUACAAUGGUCUGUAGUCUGCUUCGGGCGGGCGACCCGCAAGCCGCGCUUGGGAUCAAGACAAGUGCUCCAGUAAUCUCUUCUGCUGCAGACAUGUCGGUGUCGGAUGUUAAACUGUCAAGGUCGCGCUUGCCUACAGUCCGUCAGAACUCAGGGAUCUCCAAAGAGCAACGUACGAAGACUCCACUCAUGCAGAAACCCAAAAAGGCGUCGCUGAUCACACUAUUGGAUGAGGUGUCUAUCGCGGAUGAGCAUCUUCGGACUUUCAAAUCGGUCGACGAUACCGUGGAAGAUCAAUCUUCUUCCGGAUCCGAUUCGUCAGAUGAAGAUCCCCCUGAAUCAACGAAAGCAGAUUUCGGCCUUGAGGACGAUGGCACACUCGGAUCAGCUGAAACAGCUCUCAAGCUACCUAGCGAGAGUCGACAGAAAGUUCCGAUCUACAUUAUGGAGCUUGCGCCCCUCUUUCGCAAAAAUGAGAGACAAGCCAACCGAAUUGCCCUUCACAAGGCCGAGGCAUUGAUUCGAAAGAAGGCGGGUUGGGGCGGAGAAGUGGAUGAAAAUGCCGCGGACCUCUCAUUUGCUAUCUGCGGCCUUCAAAACAAUUUUGGCGUCAAAGACUUUGACAACCUCAAAACUCGUUGCUUGACGGCUUUGAUCUGUGCGAGUCCGCGCAUCGCUAAUGGUGUUGUCAUCGAGCAAUUUUUCCACCCCCAAUACUCGAUCUCUCAGCGCUAUGUCAUGCUCAAUGCAAUCGCCUUCGCUGCAUUGGAGUUGGCUGGCGAAACAGAACCAACAUCAGGGUGCACAAAUGAAGGAGCAGAUAGGCUCAGCCAAUUGGUAUCAGACCUGUCGCUUCAGGCAAGCGCCAAAGCUAAAUCUGAUGGAGAAGCCCAUGUGCCAGCCAUUCAGAGAGAGAAGGCGCUCAAGGUCAGUGUAUCAAUAAGAGCUCCAUCGCGCCCCUUGACUGCCAGCAUCGGCGGCACCGCCCAAGCCGGUCCGCGCUUUCCUGGGGCACUGGUCCGGCCAGCCUUACUGUACAUUGAGAUCGCAGCGAGCUUCUUCAUUCACCCCAUCGUGACCCGCACUUGGGCGCACAUGGAAGAGGCGAGCGUACGCAACAGCCGGGCGGUCGGAGGCUAUCUUGGGGCGGGGGCUGGGGCAUUAUUCGCGCCUGUGCUUGUGGCACGCCUGCUUGACACCUUGUCAAUCCUUGCUCAUGCUGGCCGCAAUGCCCGCGAGUACGGCGAGAUCAUCGCCCCUGAGCUCUUGGAGCUCGUCAUCGGUGUUGCCCGGAUUGUCUAUCCGCUAGCUGCCGCGCAUCAGAUACACGCUAGCAACCUCAGUGACAACGAGGACGCUUCAAAUCGGCUGCAGAGCGCAUCUGCGUCCCUCGUACUCACAGUGCUGAACGAUCUUUGGGAAGCAGACGAAGGGCAGAGCUUGCUCCGCAGACACAACAGCACUUUGAAUGACGUGCACGAACUAAUGGAGGCGACCUUUCAACGCGAAGAUGCUAGAAGCGGCAAGGCUGCUCGCCCCGCUGCGGCUGUCAUCUUGCGGAUCGCGGAGAUCCGCUCUACAUGGAAGUCGGCAAACGUGCUUUUGUAGAAAGAUGAGACAAAGUACAAGUG